AUUACGUAUCCGACCCGGAAGCGUAACGUCUGUGCAAAGGUUUUACACCUUACCCACAAUCCUUUUCUCCUUCCUUUUCGACAUUGGCCCUGGGAGAAGAUGGCGCCAGCCAAGAAAGGAGGCGAGAAGAAGAAGGGCCGCUCGGCCAUCAACGAGGUGGUAACUAGGGAAUACACCAUCAAUAUUCACAAACGGAUCCAUGGAAUUGGCUUCAAAAAGCGAGCUCCUCGUGCUCUGAAGGAGAUCCGUAAGUUUGCAAUGAAAGAGAUGCGAACCCCUGAUGUACGCAUAGACACAAGGUUGAACAAAGCUGUUUGGGCCAAAGGAGUGAGGAAUGUUCCAUACCGCAUACGUGUGCGUCUUUCCAGAAAGCGCAAUGAGGAUGAAGAUUCCCCGAAUAAACUCUACACAUUGGUCACAUAUGUGCCAGUUACAACAUACAAAGGUCUACAGACCGUUAACGUUGAUGAAAACUAAUUCUUCAUUGUUGAAUUAAAAAGUAAAACUGAA